AUGGUCGGCCGACCCCUUACUUCUAUCGCUAUCAUUGGCGGAGGCCCGGGUGGAUUAGGGACUGCCAUUGCUCUUUCGGAACUACCAUUCCUCAAAGUGACUCUUUAUGAGAAACAUCCUGAGCCCAGAGAGGCUGGGGCCGGCAUUAGUCUCAGCGCCAAUGCUUGGAAGGUUUUGGAUUUGCUAGGUGCGGCCGAUGGUGUUAAGGGAGGUUCUAAGGCGGAUACACAUCAAAGAAAUGCCUAUAAUGGUAACAUUGUGAGCAUUACUAGCCACCCGGAAAAUUCCGAUGCAGAUUCGCGUGGCUCGAUUCGUGCUCGCAGAACUCGGCUUCAGUCUGCGCUCUUGGCCAAGGUGCCGGAGGGCUUGAUCCAGUUCAAUAAGAAGCUUGUGUCUCUGGAAGAUGUCCCUGAAGGAGUGCGCUUAUCAUUCAACGACGGGACUGAGGUGGUUGCUGAUCUAGUUGUUGGCGCUGAAGGAAUACACUCCGUGACUCGAAAGGCUCUCUUCCCUGAUCAUAAGCUGUCUUUUACUGGAAAUACCCAGUGGCGAACCAUUAUUCCCAAAUCUCGUCUGGUCGAUGUCCCUGAUGUCGCAUCCACGACAGGUUGGUGGUGGGGGAAAUCGGGCCAUGUGUAUUUCUCAGACGUCGAUGAUAAGUCUGAGUUUGAUGACCCGCUCUUUGAAAUCACAGUACGCUCUUACAUUGAGAAGGAGGUUCCGGGGGAGACGGUCGUCUGGGGUAUUCCUGCAACGAACGAAAAGGUCGCAGACCGAGUGAAGGAAUUUGAUCAACGAAUUAAAGACGCUGUCAGUAAGGUCAAUGAAGGUGAAUGGAGGGAGUUUGCCGCUUUCGCAGGAAAUCGUCUGAAUAGGAUUACCGGCUGGGAGAAAGUCGCUCUCGUUGGAGAUGCCAGUCAUCCCCUCUCAGGCGCAUUUGGCUCCGGGGCCACAUUUGCAAUGGAAGACGGUUGGAUCCUCGCACGAGCACUGGAACACACCCAGUCUGGACCUCGUCCCGUAAGGGAUGCUCUUGAGAUCUUCAAUGCGAUAAGAUCUCCGUACUAUGACAAGAUGUAUCGGCAUCUGGACGAAAGCCAGGAAAGGAUUAAUCAGAUUCAGGCUAAUAAUCCUGACUUUGAUGUAUUUUUGAAGGCUAAAAUCGACAACUUCAUAUACGGUGACAAGGACUUCAUCUAUAAGAAUGAUAUUAAGAAGGUCUGGGAAGACUAUCUUGCCACUGAGCAGGUGCCUGCUGUGCUGUAA